CUAUGUUGUAUCCUACAGAUUACAGCCGUGCUAAGUGAUACAUUGGGCGGUAGUCCCAAGCUCGUGGCUGCCGCCCACGUAUGUUGUGUGUUCUAUCAGCUAGUCUCCGGCCCACCCCUGAGAGAUAUUUAUCUGCUGCACUUGCCAGUAAUGGGGCGGGAAAGCUGUUGUAAGGGGCCUUAAGACGGUUUGUUGCCUGUUUCAUUUGCAGCCCACUGUGGCAUGCCCGGUGAAUGGUCAAGAUAAUGGCUCUCGGAGAUGCUCAUGUCCUAACUCUAAAUCUCCCGAUGUGUAGCCAACGCAUGGGAUACAAGCUCUCAACAGCACUCUGAGUGCCACAGGCGCCACCCAGGAUAGCUCUCAUCUUGCAAGGCACCUACUUCCCGCUCUAGUAUCCCUCCUUCGGGUCGUACUACCGUCGCGGCUAGGAGCAGCUCCGCAUCAGCAUUGCCAAGCCGUUCCUGUAUCGCGUCAUUAUCUGGAGCAUGGGCGAGAAGACCCCCCGCUACGGUGGACAAGAGGAGGAGAACGACCGCGUACAUCUCGACCCGAAGGAGGGAAAGGGGCUGGCGGCCAGAUACAAAGCGGCCAUGCGCGAGAUGAUCGUCGUGUCUGCGCUUGCGUGCGCCGUUCCUUUGUCGGCUUGGUUAGUGCUCGCUUCUUUGUUCUUUGACCUGUAAAUUGCUAUACGUCGCUUCAAAAGAUGUCCUUCUGUUCUCUCCAUCUAUUGAGGGGGAGGCGCAAGGCGGUUGAGUGUGGGCUGAGAUUGUCGAGAUUGCUCAAUGAAGUAAUGAGACCUUGAUGGCAAGACGCGAGUCGCGACGCGAUGAGUUUCCUUUG